AUGGGUCGGAAGAGCUAUUAUGGAGUUUUCCUAGUGAUUACACUGGUCGCUAACGCGGUCUGCCUGCCGACGUACGCGGUGCGACCGAGGCGGCAAUCUGACACAAAUGCAACUACAUCGGAGGUGUCUAUAAGUAAAAACAAUGAUAUAACGUAUCCACCGUCUGCCACCAAUGAUGAUGACGACGCGGGCUUUGACACGUCGUCACAGCCAUCGUCGGGAGGCGGCAGUAGUAUAUCAAGUCUACUAAACCUGCUAGGUGCCUUCUUCCCAGGAUCUAGCAGUUCCGCGAUCAAUAAACUUCAAGAGAUCAUGCAUAAAAUGAUAAAAGAUUUGGGGAAUAUGAAGGGUAUGAAGAAAAUAAUAAAACGAGAUGUAACAAAUAAUGAAAUAGAUGUAGAUUAUAAAGUCAAAGAGAGACUCGAGGAAGAUGAUGUAAGUGACUCUGAGAAUAACGAAACGAGCGAAGAAGAUAAUAGGAAUGAUAGUAUGGAGGAUUCUGAUUCUAAUAUUGAUUCUGACGAGGAUUAUGAUGACUUCCCGGGGGGUGACGGCCAGGGUGGGGGGCUGUUGGGGCUGCUGGCUGGUCUCAGUGGCGGAGGCGAUGGAAUCGAUUUGAACAGCCUCAUCGCUUCUGGAUUGGGACUUUUUGUUGGUUUACUGUCUGAAGGCGAAGAAAAUCCAGGGGCGGUGAUAGCGAGCUAUUUACUGACCUCCUUGGACACUAUCACAGGAGGGGGAUCCAAAAAUAAUGGAAAAUUCUUUGGUAUAUUCCUAUCGAAGCUGGUGAAAGGUAUUAGCGCUAGUCCCCGCGAAGCCCCCAACAGUCCCGGGGCUCCGACGCAGUCUUCGCCCCUCUGGACCCUCAAGAUGGACAUUCUCCGCGCCUUACUUCAGUUCGGUUCUUCAGUAAUAGGCCUGGCUUCGUCCGCUGUCUUCUCAUCUUCUUCGUCGUUCGGUUAA